ACUUUGUAACCCAGAGUUCUUGUAAUCAAUAUAAUGACCCAAUAAAAAUCUUUGGAAAGUGCAAACAUCAUGGGUCAAUUGUAUGAAUAAGGACGACAAACCAGGCACGUUCACAACCCGAUCUUCGUACUGGGUCCCACUCGCCGCACUCAGAUCAUUGGGAGUUGUUCUUUUCGUCAUCAAUCUCUUAUCGGCAGUAAAUUACUACUCCGAUUUCGUUACUGGUUUGUUUUUUUUUUUCGUGGGAAACCGUUAGAAUUAUGUUGGACCAUCUAUUUGAAGGAGGGCUCGAGUGAUUCCUAAAACCCGUGAAAGCAAAGACAGAAUCAUCGAUGGGGUCGUGGAAUUCAGUUCAGCUGGAGGUGUUGUACAAUGUUCUCGGAUGGGUUGCGUUUGUCGCUUGGUCCAUCAGCUUCUACCCCCAAGUCAUCUUAAAUUUCCGAAGGAAAAGUGUUGUGGGGUUGAAUUUCGAUUUUGUACUAAUGAAUUUGACGAAGCACUCGUCGUAUCUCAUCUACAAUGCUUCACUCUUUUUUAGCUCCACCGUGCAGAGGCAAUACCGCGAGAAGUUUGGUUUUAAUGAGAUGAUACCUGUUGCUGCUAAUGAUGUGGCUUUCUCCAUGCAUGCUGUUCUAUUGACUGCUUUUACCUUGUUUCAGAUUGCAAUUUAUGAUCGUGGGCACCAGAAAGUGUCCAAAGCUUGUAUUGGAAUUGUUUCGGUUGCCUGGUUGUCUGCUGCAGUUUGUGUUUUUGUAGCUAUACAUAGACAUUCCUGGUUUUGGCUGGUGUCCUGCUUCAACACUAUUCAGGUUGUUAUGACAGUCAUCAAAUACAUUCCUCAGGCCAUCUUAAACUUUCGCCGGAAAAGCACAAUUGGGUUUAGCAUUGGCAACAUCCUGCUUGAUUUCUUUGGAGGAGUUACCAACUAUGGUCAGAUGGUUGUGCAAUCCGUAGAUCAAAAUUCAUGGGUGAACUUCUAUGGGAACAUAGGGAAGACUAUGAUAUCUUUGGUUUCGAUCUUCUUCGACAUACUUUUCAUGGUUCAGCAUUAUGUGCUAUAUCGUCCCAAGAAGACAGAAGAUCAUUCCGAUCCUAACGUGGUAAGCAAGGAGCCCCUACUUGAAACCUCUGAUCACCCUCAUUCUGACUCUGUCUAGUGAAAUAAUGCGGCUCUUGAUGCUAAUAUCUGUCCAUGAUUCGCGACUGUGUAAAAAAGCUUCUCUUUCAUAAUACACGCAUUUUCUCAGUAAACAGAAGACAAUAUACUUGACAGAGGAAACGAAGGCGCGUAAUAGUGGAUGUGCGUCUCCGCUUCCUAAUCUGCCGGAAGAAACUAUCAAACUUAGGGUGCAUAGUGUUUGUGCUUGCUUUACAUGCACUGUUAAAAGUCAAUUUGUCCAACCCAUUUGGGAUCUUUACGUGGUGUACUUCUCCAACUUGCCCGUGAUUUCACCCGGGAAAAAAAAAAAAGGAAUUAGUCACACGGACAUCUGCAAAAUCUACAGGCUGCUUCGGGCAUUAUGGGGGGGAACCUUUGAUUAAUGUACAUUUCCCAACAUAUAAACGGGGCUUAAAUGAACACUGCUACAGCAUUCCGGGCCCUAUUCUACUAUGGAAGGAGAUGAAAUGCGGGUCUCAAAUGGCUUCACUUGAUUGUUUUUGCUGUAGAUAAGUUCAGAAAUCUGUUGGAAAUCUUGUAAUGUUUUUCCUGCCACGAAUCUUUGGUUGCUUA